GAGGCUUGGACUUAUUUAGGGCUCAGCCUCAUCAUCGUGACCAUUCGCUUCGGUGCUCAAUGGCGUUGGAUGGGGCUUGGAGGAUUGGCUCCCAAUGACUACCUUAUGGUUUUAGCUGGAGUGACACUAACGACCCCACCCCUUCUUCGAGCCCUUGACCAAGCUUAUUGGCAAGGAUUGACCAACAAUGCCAUGACGGACGAACAACGUGCAACCCUCGACCCCCACAGCGACGAAUAUUACCGACGAGUUCAUGGAUCGCAUACACAAUUAUUCGAUUGGCUGGUGUAUACGGUGUUGCUUUGGUGCCUCAAGCUAUGCUGGCUGCUCAUCUUCAAGCGCCUCGGAGAUGGCGUCGAUGACAUGACCAUGAAGAUCAAUAUUGGCUUUGCAAUUGUCGGGGUGACGUUCCUUGGAACCUUUUUCACCAUGCUGUGUUCAUGCUGGCCCAUUUACAGGAAGUGGCAGAUCUACCUUGAUCCUGGAACUGCGUGCAUUCAGACUUGGACCUUGAUCUGGAAAAACUUGAGCACCGACCCGUACAUUAUGUCUAUCCCCCUACCGAUAGUCUGGAACGCCAACAUUCCCAGAGCAAAGAAAAUUGCUCUCGUCAUCAUCUUCUGUGGCGUUCUCAUCACAGCAGUCUUUGGAGGUCUUCUGUGCAGUUACAUUCUCCAAGGUGGCGUAAAAGGCCCCCAACAAGCUGGAGAGUGGUCCAGCCGAGAGUCUUUCGUGGCUAUGGUUGUGACCAACCUGCCUGUUCUCACACCUUUGAUCCAACGCGGU